AUGCAGAAGCAGCAGACGUCGCUUGCCGUACUACUUCGAAGGAUGACAGGAAAGUUUGCAGCCUCAAGUGUGGCAGCGGCUCUGCUGUUUUGGGGAAUGCGUCGACUAUUGCGGAAACGGCAAUGGGCCAAAGCAGUGAGCUGUCAAAACAUCAUCUCCAAUGUGUCAGGCAUGGGUGUUAGCGUAAAGAACGUCUUGGUCAGUACCAUGACGUCCUUCGCGGGAACGCCAGCGAGCAACGUGACACACUCCUCUGGUGUCGAUGAGUCUUGGGAGCCUCGCGCUGAGGAGUUAGAGCUGCCGCUGGCCAUUCAGUCGAAAGUAUUGAGACACAUCUCCUUUUACGAUAUCUACAGCAUCGGCAAGGAAGGCAAGGAGGAGGUGCUGGGCACCGGAAUGCACGGCGCUGUGCUGGUGGCCAAGCACCGCAUCAGUGGACGCCGCGUGGCCGCAAAGUGCCUGGAGGCAGCGGAGACUUCGCUGCCAGAGGAGGUGGGCCUUUAUUUGCGCCUGUCACAUCCAAACGUUUGCAGAUUGCUACAGGCCUUUGUAGAAAAGAAUGGCGAAAUCUGGAUUUGCAUGGAGCUUUGCGCUGGAGGUGAACUCUUCGAGUUAGCAGCGGGAACAUCCUCAGUGAAGCGUGAGGGCGCCUCAAUGUUGGAUACCGAGGCCCGCAUCGCAGUGUUGGUGAAGCAGAUGGCUGCAGCGAUUCGCUACAUUCACAGCAUGGGCAUCGUACAUCGAGAUAUCAAGCUGGAGAAUUGGGUCUUCGCUUCCCCAGCGCAGGAGCGACUGAAGCUGAUCGACUUUGGCCUGGCCACACGAAUUGUGGGCAGCGAAGGCCACAGCGAAGGCAGAACGAGAAAGCUGACGCAGAUGUGCGGCACUUGCUACUAUGUUGCUCCAGAGAUCAUUGGCCUCAAAAAUGGCACUAUUUGUAAAGGCGACGGCUAUGCACAAGAGGUGGACGUAUGGGCUCUUGGCGUUUUGAUCUACAUGUUGGUGAGUGGCAUGCCACCCUUCAAUGGCAAAAACCACGCAGAUGUGAUUUGGAACAUCGCCAACUUUAAGUACUGCGAUGAUCCUUUGGCAGAUGCUUUUGUCGGUCCUCGCUGGGAAAACGUCUCCACUGUGUGCAAGGACUUGAUCCAAAGAUGUAUGCACCGGGACCCAGAGAAGCGGCUGACGGCCGCAGGAGUUCAGAUGCAUCCCUGGCUCUGUCAGGUGGCCUCAGCACAAAUGCCUUUGAUGUCCCUUGGGCCAGUCCUCAAGGACCUAUGCUUUGCCGGGGCACGAAUGGCUAAUUGUACUGCUUUGGCACAUAUUUGUGGCUCUUUGGCGUCAACAAUCUACUUGUCUCCUGAGUCAUGGACAGAAUACAAGGACUAUUUCAUGGCCUUGGAAUGCCUAGAGACGCUGGCACCAAAGGGUGCUUUGUCCAUCAGCAAACUCGUGGCUGCCUUUGAGGAGGCCGUGGCGCAAGCAGAGAGUAAGUCCCCUUCCAAUGGCAAAACACACGUGGCCAUGGACUCCUUCCGGGCGAUUGGUGCCCUGGACCGCACCGGUGAUGGACGACUGCAUUUCUUUGAGUUUCUGGGUGCCAUGAUCGCUGCCGGGCGAAUCCCGAUUCAUGAAGCGGAUGUUGCGGACGUGUUUGCGGCAUUUGAUAUCGACCGUGAUAAUAUCAUCUCGCAGAAAGAUAUGGCCAGCAUCAUGAAGCAGGACAAUGAGGCGCUGCAAGCAUUGAAUCGAUCAAACAGUGAGAAGCUCUUUUUUCCCAUUGACGAUCGUGCCACGCUCUUGGAAGCACUCAACAGGAAGCCAGAAUGGGCUGCCGAAAGGUCUUCUCCCAGUGUCAGUGCAGCCAUGGUGCAGAAACCUGCAGAGGCUGCACCCCAUCCUACUAUGCAAAGAUUACUCAGCAAGGCAAAACUGCACAUGGAGUGGAAGGUGCAGCGUCAGGUGGCGUUUGAGGAUGUGCGAAAAGCCGUAAAGCUGAAGAGUUUGAAUCGCGGAUACCGGACACCGGAUCCCUCACCAACCAGAGAUGCUGACGCAGACAAGGACAACUCCUCAGGCUCUGGUUUGGGAUCGCCGCGGCACAGAAUCAGCAAGAUGGCACAGAGCAUGGUUCUCCUAUCAGAUCUUGACUGGAGGAAAGGAUCUCAUAGUGAGCGUGCAUAG